UCGUACAAGGAACAGCUGCACUCUGAGAAUCAGAGACCUGAGAGAGAGCGACUCAGCUGAGUACAAGUUCAGAAUCACAACAAACCAACCAGGUGGGAAAUAUAAAGGUGAACCUGGAGUCACUUUGUCUGUCACAGACCUCCAGGUGCUGGUGGAAAGAUCAUCAACCCAGACAGAGCUGAAGUGUCACAGCAGUUGUAAAGUAGUUGGUCGUCCUUCAUAUGUCUGGUACAAGAACGGACUGAAAAUGAAGGAGGAAACAUUUUCCCUUAGAGUCUCUGUUAAUGAUGACAACAGCUAUUCCUGUGCUCUUAAAGGACAUGAGGAUCACCCCUCCCCUCCAGUGUAUGCUCCAAAGCUUCUCUCUGUGUCAGUGAGUCCCUCUGGUGAGAUAGUGGAGGGCAGUUCAGUGAAUCUGACCUGUAGCAGUGAUGCUAACCCAGCAGCUAAUUACACCUGGUACAAGGAGAAUGAAGACUCACCAAAAGCUUCAGGACAGAUCUUCACCAUCACUGACCUCAGACCUGAACACAGUGGGAAUUAUUACUGUGAAGCCCAGAACACAAGAGGACGUCGUAACUCCACCUUAAAUCUGACUGUUGUAGCAGGGAACUCAGCGCUGAUAAUGAACAUCAUCAGGCUGACUCUGGUGGUCCUGAUGCUGAUUCCUCUGCCUCUGUGGACUCUGUGGAGGAGGAAGAAAAAAACUCACAGCUCCACCACUGAACCAAAUGAGGGCUAUGAGGAGACUAUAGAGAUGGGCUCUUAUCCUGUGUAUGAGGAAGUCUCGAACUUGGGGGCCGUCACUGCAGCGCACAGAGAAGCCACGAAGGAGCAGGGAGCUUGGAUGUAAAGUGCAGUCAGGUUAGAGUCUGUUGAAUGGAAGAAAAGACUGAAAUCAACUUCUGCAAAAUGACUCCCCCACCUCUUUCACUGUGGAGAGCGAGGCCGAAGAGGAUGUGGGGGAGUAGAUACAUUUAUCUUCAACUUCAAAACCUUUUCAUUUUCAGUUUUCAGUCAGCAACAGCAUGUAGCAGAAAAAAAGUCCUUGACUCCCAAAUAGCAAAGUGAAACUUCUGGCCCAACAUGUUCCCAGGUCCUCAGCCCAAGUCAUAACAUCUGUUAUGCACAUACACAUAUGUCUGUCUUGGUGAAGCACUUUGGUGCAAAACCUGUUUGCUUUUAAAGUGUUUAAUGUGAAUGUAAUGUAAAUUUGAGUUGAGUCGUUACUUUACAUGUUUAGAAUUACAACUGGUAUGAAAAAUGUUAUUUUAAAUUUCAAUUAUCACUUUGAGAUACUGAUCACACCUGUCUUGCUUGAUGACGUCAAUAAAGUCAAUUCAAAACAC